UCCAAGGUUUUGAUCACUUCAAACAUGUCGGCUACGCAAGCGAAGAAUGCCUCAGAGCAACCUGCCGACCUCAAGAUUAUCCUCCUGGGCGACUCGGCAGUUGGAAAAUCCAAGCUAGCGGAGCGUUUUCUUCUUGACGAAUUCCACCCACAGCAACUAUCCACCUAUGCUCUCACCCUUUACCGUCACGUAUGCACCUAUCCAUUUCCAUCUGAUCGACGCAGUGGUGCAAGCACGGAGAAACCUCGGAAACUGCGGGUUGACUUUUGGGACACGGCGGGACAGGAGCGGUUUCAAAGCAUGCAUGCUGGUUAUUACCAUGGAGCUCAUGCAUGUAUUCUGGUGUUUGACGUGGGACGGAAGAUAACAUACAAAAAUUUGGAUACAUGGUACGACGAGUUGGUAAGCCAUGUGGGCUUGAAGCUACCGGUGAUUGUAGUAGCGAACAAAAUCGAUGUCGAUCCAUCGCGUGCAAAAAGGGCUUUCGGUUUUGUCGAGCGACGGCGUGCCGAACGAGCAGAAGCAAGCGGAACAGCGCCCCAAAAUAACGACCCAGAAGAACCACAAGAUCCAUCACAGUCUGACCAUCUCCCACUCUUCUUUGCCUCCGCCUCAGAUGGAACAAACGUGGUUUCAAUUUUCAGGGAAGCGAUAAACCGUGCCGUGAAGUUUAAGGAGCAAGGCGAAGGGACAUUUGUGGAUGAGGUGCUUGCGUUCAUAAGAGAGGAAGAAGGGAAGGAAGGGGGAUUAUUUGCGCGCGAGGAUGAAGGCAUCACCCCGUCAAUAACUGCACAUUAGUUAGUAAAGUUGUAGUCGCGCCCGACAAUCUACGGCUGCCAGUUUUGAUUGAGCAUUCCGAUCUGAACGGAAUGCGAACGGGCACCGAUAUUGAGUCCCAAUGUCACAGUAAUUACUCCGAAUCUAUUAGAUAUAUACAUAUUCUCCCUA